AUGCCCUGUGAUCCACCGCAUAACCAGUGCCAACAUGGAACCUGUGAGACGCUCUACGAGGUCUUUGAAACUCGUGUGCAAAACCAGACAAAGACAGCCUCCCUUAUUUCGAGCUUUCGUUGUAUCUGCGAUCCCGGUUGGACGGGUGUCGUCUGUAACCAUCCCAUUGAUGUCUGCCUACGUCAUCGAUGUCAAAACGGAGCCCAGUGCGUUGCAAAGGGUGAACAUUAUGAAUGUCGUUGUCCUGAAGGCUAUGAGGGCGUUUUCUGCGAAGAGCCUAUCAAUCAAGCCCUCUCCAACCAAUCAACUAAGAAACGUGAUACUCAAAACGACCUGGAGGAGCACUGCUUGCUGUUGGGCUGCACUGGCACCGCGGAGACGAAUGGCACCUGUUCUGGACGGUGUAUUCAAGCUGGAUGCUUCAACCAGGAGCAGUUGGAUGCCUGCAAAGCGUGGAUUGAUUGCCUCGAGGCAACCAAAACGGAGUUUAGUGUUGGCCAACCAACCUGUGUCGAACGGUAUCGCGAUGGCGUCUGUGAUCAUGCGUGUUCGAUAUCAAGUUGUUUCUACGAUGGGUUCGACUGUACAAGUGAUGGGUAA